AUGCUGCCGGCUCCCGCAGCUAAGCGCCCGCCGCCGCCCCCCCCAGCCCUGCUUUGGCCCCCCACCGCCGAACCCCCCGCGCCCCCCUGGGCCUGGGUGGUCCCGGCUGCCGCGGGGCUGGUCAGGGUCGGUGGGGGCACCGCCGGGGCUCCCCCUCCUCCUCCUCCUCCUCCUCCGCCGCCGCCGCCCCCCCCGCCGCCGCUGCUGCUCCCGGCGCCGCCGCCCGCCCCCCCCGCCGCCCUGCUGCGGGCCGCCCCGGGCUGGCGCGUCCCCUGCGAGCCGCUCCUGCCGCUGCUCGCCGCCGCCGACCACCACGCCGCCGCCGCCUUCCUCCACGGGCAGUGGAUAUUUGGAGCUCAUUCUCCAGUCAUAGGAUUUUCACCUUCUUCGAGCGUGGAGUUUGUUCCUAUUUUUCCACCUGUGUAUGCAUCUACGGUUCCGCCUCAUGCUGGGAAAAACUGGAUCGAUAAGAGGCUACCAAACUGCAAGAUAUACUUGAAUAAUGCAUUUGCUCUGGAUUCAGCGUGGAUACAUCCUGAGGAAUCAAGACUCUUCCAGGGAAAUGAGAAACCUCUGUUAAUGACAAAUCAAGUAGCUAUGGCUAUAGCCAGGCCAGCUGCUGCCUCCAGGCCUCUUCCCACAGUGGUGUUGGCACCUCAGCUGAUGCCAGGUGGUUGCCAGAAUAGCCUUAAACCGGUCGGCGGCAAUCAAGCCCUGGCGUUGGCCGCGGCGGCCACCACCGCGAUGGUGUCGGUGGAGCCCGAAGCCCCCCAGGGACCUUCGGGGCCGAGCGUCCAGCCCUGCCACGUGCUGACCUUCUCACCCAUCAAAAUUCCCGUCUUGGCUUCCCCUUUUCCAGGUUCUGCCUCCAGAAUGGAUGCUCAUGUGGGUCCUUUGAUGCCGACGCAAGUCACCCGGGUAACUGCUGUGUCUGCACCGGCGGUGACCUUCAUGGCAACCAAUUUGAUGGAUCAGACAUUAUCAGAUAAUGGCAAAGAAUCGAGUAGAUCCUCCUGCCCACCGACCUUGAUUUUACACACGGAGAGGAAGAGUACGCCCGUGGAGAGCAAUGGAGAUAAGGAUCAUUCUUUUAAACUAGUAAAUGAGGAUGACAGCACAUCAAAUGGCAACAAGCCUGUGGCAUCCACUCCAGUGCCAGGAUCACCAUGGUGUGUAGUCUGGACUGGAGAUGACCGGGUCUUCUUCUUCAACCCUACAAUGCAGCUGUCAGUCUGGGAGAAGCCGGUGGACCUGAAGCACCGCGGCGACAUAAACCGGAUCAUCGAGGAUCCUCCUCACAAGCGCAAGCUGGAAGCUGCAGCAACAGACAAAUGUGUUAGUUCUUGUCCAGGGGAUGAAAAUGAUGAUCUUAGCAUCAAAACUAAGAGAAAUAAAACAGAAGAUUCCCAAGCUGCUGAGCAGGGGAAGGCUGAAACGGAGGAGAAGAAUGAGGAAACGUCAGCACCUCAGAUCACGCCUUCCCUAGAAGAGCGCAUCACUCAUUUCCGAGACAUGCUUCUGGAGAGAGGGGUUUCAGCGUUUUCUACAUGGGAAAAAGAGUUACACAAAAUAGUAUUUGAUCCACGCUACCUUCUACUAAAUUCGGAAGAACGUAAACAGAUAUUUGAACAGUUUGUCAAGACCAGGAUCAGAGAAGAGUACAAAGAAAAGAAAAAUAAAUUGUUGUUAGCCAAAGAAGAAUUUAAAAAGCUCCUUGAAGAAUCCAAGUUAUCGCCAAGAACAACGUUUAAAGAAUUUGCGGAGAAAUAUGGAAGAGAUCAGCGGUUUCGCCUUGUGCAGAAGAAGAAGGACCAAGAGCAUUUUUUCAAUCAGUUCAUACUUAUUCUUAAAAAGAGGGACAAAGAAAACAGGAUAAGGCUACGGAAAAUGAGAUAAAAUUUCUGAAACUGGCAAUAAAUACACAAGUCCAUGCUGUGACUGCAGUAAGAAAUUCAAAUGAAGGCUAAAGCAUUGGGGUUACACGUGCAACGGCUUGACGAGGAAGCGGAUAUCCCUGAAGAAAAACUUUCUCUAAGCGGAGUUUAUUGAACAUAUAUUGAAUUUGUGAAGGUUGUUCUGCAGGAGUCUGAAGGAUAUUUUGUUCUCAACGAAUUAAUGUUUCAUAUUGAAGCUCUCUUUUGUACAACAUCCAGAGUUUGAUGCAUUUCUAAUUGCCAUGAUAUGUCAAUCCCUUAAUUGUUUUAAUUAUGCAAAUUACUUGUAAUAUACACAAAUUAUGAAUCCAAUGCAGAUUUGUAAUUAAGCAGAAGCAGAUGCCAUCCAUAACAAUCUCAAGAUAUUUUCAUCAUUUAGGGGAAUUAUCUAAAGCAAUCUUUUGGCAACUUUAUGCAUUAACAUAAAGUGUUAGAGGUACAGUGGUAUGCAGGAAUUCAUCACCCGGUGUUCAUAUGUCUCUGUCCAGUUCUCUGAGUAGUAGUAAUAAGAUAUUAAUUGUUAAUCUUAGUGAAGAGUGUGAAAAUCUUGGCAUAUGUUCCAUAGGAAAACUCUAAGUUUCAGAAAUAGCUUUCUAAUUGCCGUGAAUGGUGCUUUCAGGCACACAGGCGAUAGCAACACCUCUCCGUCAAAGUUCCUAAACAAAGUUAUUUUGUAAAACCAUCACAGUAUGAUUUGAAUUAUGUUACUGUAUGUGAAAAGUCUGCAUGAGAUUUUUCUCAUCAUAUUUGUAUAAAUAAAUAUUUAACUUUUUUAAUUAAUAAAUAUUUUAAGCCAAUUUUCAGGGGGUUUUAAGUUUCUAAACUUUUUGAAAUAUUGGGUAAAAUAAUGCAGGUUGUUUGUACAUGGUUUUUACUUAAGAGGUAGAAAACCAGAGCGCAUUCCUACCGCUCAUGAUUUGUAUGCAAGUUCCACUAAUAUCAACUGGAGUUCUGAGCAUUUUGAGAGCAAAACAGUCGCUCUUACUAUGAAGGUAGGAUAUCAUGGCUUUUGUAAAACAGCACAGCUCCACUGAACAUCAGUAUAUCCUUUCCUUUAUGCUGCAGGAAAGACACACUCUCCUCUGUGAUCAUAAUAAUUUUCUCAGUUGACCUAAUUUUUAAGUUAUUACUCAUUAGAUUUAUAGAUUUCUAUUUGCUAGGAGUGAUGUUGGUAUUUUCCCCAACUAAUGGUAAUUUUUCUUUAGAUGUGUGCUGUAUAUUUUUUAUAAUCAACGAAAUAAAUGGUAUUUUCUAAUGCUUUGCAAAAAUGAACUCAGAGCAAUUCAAAGAAGAGUACUUAACAUAAGAUGUAUUUUAGAACGUAUGUAGAGUUUCAAACUUCCACAUGAAAAAAAUUGUCAUUUAUUUCUAUGAGAGCAAGAUCUGACCCAAAGUUGCUGUUGCUGUGAGUGAGGAAACGUGUUGCUGUGUUGGAAUUACCAGGUUAAACAGACGCUGCCAGUUUUUCUCACCUCUGCAAGUGAGGGUUAUACGUCGGGAGCGAACGAGCUGGAGUGCGAGCUGGUAGAUGCAAUUUGAUUUUACAGGGCUUGCAAGGCUUGUGAUAGCCACUCACUUACAACUUUUUUUAACAAUUCUUUUUACAUCACUGCAAGAGCCUGGUUUGUUCCCACCCCUGUCUGACUCGAGUCGUGCAUGAAUUAUGCAGAGACAAAUGCUGUUCACUUGCACGUGUGGUCGGACUAGGCGGCAGUGACCCAGAAGAAAGAAGUAGGUCUUUCAGUAGACCUGAAGACAGACUUCACAGGGGGUUUCAUAAGUUUUUGCAAAUUUUCCUGUUAAAAGAAAAAAGAAAAGAAAAAGUAAGAUGCAGAAAACCAGUGAGAUCUUGCUUUUAUGCCUGAAAGCUCUUCUGUUUCAGUGGCUUGUACCCCUUGUGUUGUUUUCUGGUUUAAAUGUAUGUGCAUAUCUAGACCCUAUACUGCCAUCCCCUAUUUCAAAUAUGAAUAAAAUGGGGUAUUAUUA